GACUUUUUCUUUUUUUUGUUGGGAGUUUUGCGGCUGCUUUUUUUUUUUUUUUGCGACUUUUUGUCCUCAAAGUUGCGCUCAUAUGAUUCAAGUCUCUCUCUUGAAGAGUCUUAAAUUAAUUUACAGAAAUAUUCACAUAUAUAUAAAUAAAUAAAACUCCAUGAGGAUUAUCGAUUCGCUGUGAGGUUCAACGCCGUCGAGUAAAGAAGAGUUUCUCCGGCGGGGAGCAGAAAAAAACGGCAUGUAGCGCAGGAACAAGGCACCCCCGUUCACCCUUCUCCUCCUCAUCGUCCUCCUCCACCUCUCCAGACAUCUUUGGGAAUGGGCCAGCGCCUUGCCAGGGUGCAUCUUUCCACCCUGUGGUGUGGCUGGCGUCGUGCGAGAGUGAGGAGGGCAGCGGCCAGGUCAUAGAGCCCGCCCAACUCUCCUCUCUCCGCUUGCUUGCUCCCAACUGACUUUUGACCUUUCGACUCACUCGUGACCUCCAGCCAGCCAUGCCCUUCCGGCUGAAGCUGCGGCGUACGCGGCGCUACAACGUCCUGAGCAAGAACUACUUUGUGACACGGAUUCGUCUGCUGGACAGCAAUGCGAUUGAAUGCACUCUGUCGGUGGAGAGUACGGGACAGGAAUGUCUGGAGGCGGUGGCCCAAAGGCUGGAGCUACGAGAGACCCAUUAUUUUGGGCUGUGGUUCCAAGGGAAGACCCAGGCCCCGGCCCAUCGCUGGGUGGAGCUGGAGAAACCCCUCAAGAAGCAGCUGGACAAGUUUGGCAAUGAGCCACUUCUCUUCUUCGGAGUCAUGUUCUACGUGCCCAGUGUUUCCCGACUGGAGCAAGAAGCCACCAGGUAUCAGUAUUACCUGCAGGUGAAGAAGGAGGUGUUGGAUGGACGUCUCCACUGCACAGUAGAGCAGGGCAUCAGACUAGCUGGCCUAGCAGUGCAAGCUGACUUUGGAAACUUCACUCAGUUCAUGUCUCAGGACUUCCUCAGGGAGUAUGUGCUCUUCCCGGUGAACUGGCCUAAUGGAGAGGAGGUGCUGGAGGACUGGACCCAGAAAGUCGCUGAGGAGCACAAGAGUCACUGUGGAAUGCAGAUUGCUGAAGCAGAGCUGCUGUACAUCAAGGAGGUGGAGAAACUGGACGGCUUUGGCCAGGAGAGCUUUCCUGCUAAGGACAACUACACCAACGAUAUUUUCAUUGGUGUGUCCUUCAUUGGGGUGUUUGUCAAACACAGAAAUGGCAGAUCUAUCAUGCUGCACAAGUGGAAGGACAUUGGCACCAUAGCACACAACAAGUCAGCCAUCACAGUGGAGAUAACGAGCAGAGACGACACCAUCAUUUUUCACAUGGAGGAUAUGGAAAUGGCCAAGUACAUCGCUCGUCUUUUCACGGCCAGACACAAAUUCUACAAACAGAACAAGAUCUGUGCAGAGCCCACUCACUCACCUGCACCGAUCAGGAGGAGACCCACCUGGAGCCACCGCCCAUCUCUGCCGCGGCCUCAGUCCUGUAACUUCAAGUCAAUGCAUUCCCAGUAUGGAGAGCAUUACCAGGACACACAGAGCUCUCAAGACAGUAUCUUCCAUGACGACCAGUACUACAAGUCGGAGACCAGUCUGGAUCGCUGCCCGGUGGACUUUCCUUUCCGUAAUGGUACUGUGCCCAAUGGGAGCAUGUACAGCAGCCCCAGCCUGAGCUCCCUCAAUCAUUCCCAGACUUUCGUCCCGCCCUCACCCAUGUCCUCCAACCUCAGCAUCCCUGGCAGUGAGCUCAUGCGCCCUGACUACAUCCCCAGCCACCGCCACAGCGCCAUCAUCGCUCCGUCCUACCGGCCCACGCCUGAGUAUGAUGCUGUCAUGAGGCAGAAGCGGCGCAUGCUCCCCGCUCACCAUGACCUCCACAGCCAAUCGUUGCGCAGUCUGAACAUCAGUAAUGCGUGUGCUUAUCGACAGCCUGAGGCCUUGGUGUACAGCCAGCCAGAGAUGAGGGAGAGGGGCCCUUAUCAUGGCCUGGGGCCUAGCCCGGGACAGUACACACCACAGAUCAGUUACAGUAAGCCUGUGUCACAUGGACCUCAUCAGGGAGGACCAGCCAGCAACCAGGGCCCUUGUCAUUCACCCUGCGUUAAUGGAGGCGGAGGCAGUGGCGGGGUUGGAGGUGUAGGAAGCUCUAUUUCUCACACUGUCAGCACACCUGAGCUGGCAAAUACUAAACAACAGGGGAACAAUGCAGGAAGCUAUGCAGCUACAGCGAACAUGCUGAGAAACCACAUGUCGCGACCUCCUCCGCCUUACCCUUCCAGCUCCUUCCGCCCGGCAACCAGCACCCCGGACCUGGCAAGCCACCGUCACCGCUGCAUCGGGGGCAGCAGUCCAGAGUUGGUCACCCGCAUGGUGCAGCUGUCGGUCAAGACCUUCCAACCGGACAGCUCGGCUGUGGUGCACCAGUCCCUGCAGGAGGUUAGUGAACCAUUAAUAGCAGCUGCUAAGCACCGCUCCACCCUUGGCAAAAGACACAGCAUGGAGGUGAUCAGCAGCAUGAGAGGAGGUGGAGGAGGAGGCAUGGAGGGCAUGGUGAUGAAGGGCAUGAAUGCUCCCCUUCAUCGGAGGAAUACACUCAGAGAACACGUAAUGCCCCCUCAGCCCCAGUCCAUUCCUCAGCCCCAAACUCCUCAGCCACAACCCCAGCCGCAGCCUCAGCCUCAGCCUCCACCUCCACCUCCACCUCAGCAGUCGCAGGAGUUGCCCAAGCAGAUACCUGUCCAGAAAUCUCCUGAGCCAUCUGUGGCACAAACUGGCCCAGUGGCCUACCAGCAUCAAAAGACUCUCUCCAAUGCUACGAUGCUCAUACACAGUAGUGAGAGUGAAGAAGAGGAGGAAGAGGAAGAGGAGAGGCCUGAGCUGGAUGUUCAGAUCCCAGGUCUCAACGAGGACAUCAGCAUCAGCGCCCAGCUCCAGGCUGCUCUGGCCAAGCUGCCCAACAAACCCCCUCCAGAGUACCCUGGUCCUCCAAGACCUCCUAGCAAUGCUCAAAUUCGCACCCACACCCACAAUCACAACCACACACACCACCACAACCAUAAUCAAGGACCCCAGAGCAACCAGGGACCAAUGGACUCAAACCAAGCCCAGGGCCGAGCACUCAAAACUGGGCAGAGCCCUAAUGGGCCUGGAGGUGGUGGUAGUGGAAGUGGUGGCAGUGGUGCAGGUGGUGGUGGUGGUGGCGGUGGUGGGACACUGACCCGAGGGGACCAGAGUGGGGUGAACGGAGCGGUUUUAGGUCCGUCCAUUUCAGAACCGGACCUGACCAGCGUGAAGGAGAGGGUGAGGAAGGAGCCGGUCAAAGAGAGGCCGGUGUCGGAGAUGUUCUCCUUAGAAGACAGCAUCGUGGAGAGAGAGAUCGCUCAGAGGACGCUGGAAAGACAAAAGAUGUCCGUGGACUCCAUGAAGAGGCCGCUGAUGAUGGCCGCCCUCAAUGGGCUCUACGUGGCCCGGAUGCCUGUCCCAGAGAGUCCCGCGGAAGAUGGUGCCAAGGCUGCCACCGAUGAACGGUGUAAGACCUUGGAGUUGAAGCUGGAAGAGGAGCGGGUCUUCACUGAGUAUGAACAGGUUCCCAAGAAGAGGGCAGACUGUGUUCUCACCACAGCAACUCUGCCUGAAAACACAGAGCGCAACCGUUUCCGUGACGUCGUUCCGUACGAAGAGAAUCGGGUCGAGCUUGUACCAAACAAGGAGAACAACACGGGCUACAUCAAUGCCUCACAUAUCAAGGUGAUGAUCAGAGGGGAGGAGUGGCACUACAUUGCCACCCAGGGCCCGCUAGCCAACACCUGUGCCGACUUCUGGCAGAUGGUCUGGGAGCAGGGGGUCAACGUCAUCGCCAUGGUUACAGCCGAGGAGGAGGGCGGCAGGUCCAAGAGUCACCGCUACUGGCCCAAACUGGGCUCCAAACACAACUCAGCCACUCACGGCAAGUUCAAGGUGACCACCAAAUUCCGCACCGACUCCGGCUGCUACGCCACCACGGGGUUAAAGGUCAAACACCUGCUGUCUGGCCAGGAGAGGACGGUCUGGCACCUGCAGUACACCGACUGGCCUGAGCAGGGCUGUCCCGAAUAUGUCCAGGGAUUCCUCUCCUACCUAGAGGAGAUCCAGUCUGUGAGGAGACACACUAACUCCAUGCUGGACACCUCAAAGAGCCUCAACCCGCCUGUGGUGGUGCACUGUAGUGCCGGCGUGGGUCGCACCGGAGUGGUCAUCCUCACUGAGCUCAUGAUCAGCUGCCUGGAGCACAAUGAGCCAGUGGAGGUUCCCGCCAUGUUGUCAGGGCUGAGGCAGCAGAGGAUGCUGAUGGUGCAGACCAUUUCCCAGUACAAGUUUGUCUACCAGGUCCUCAUCCAGUUCCUCAAGAACUCCCGCCUCAUCUGAGCCUGGGAUCUUGACUUUUGACCUUACAUGACGUUGGCACCAGAUAACGGUACUUCAAGUUAGCACGAGGACUGUAAAGCAGAUACAUUAUAACUGAUAGCUGGUUGGAAGCAGAUGCAGAGAUUCAUGUUGAGUUUUCUAAGUGGCAGUUUAUGGAAAUUCUAGUGGAUUUUCAUACAAACUCACCUCAAGGGAGGAAAGGAGUCGUGUGGGCCUGUAUAGAAAUUGACCAUUUCUACUAAUCAUGUUGUUCUUUUUCCUCCCCCUUGGGUUUUACUCCUGGUCCAUGUGUGAAGAAUGCAUUUUCUUCAUGCUGGUCAGGUGAAUAAGCAGCUUAUGUUACCUGCAGGUGUGAAUGUGUUUGUCUGUCCCCGCGUGUUCUUGAGAUUCCUUAAGAAAAUACCUUGAGAAAUCAAAAUCUUGAGUUUGGAUAGAUCGCCUGCCUGCUACAUUUCUCAUUCAUUAUUUAGCCGUUACUAGAAAUGGCACUAUGCUGCAUGAACAGUAGGUGGCAGCAGUAUUAUUAUUAUUUUCUGUACUCUGAAAGAGUUUGCCAAACAAAAGUAUUCUUUAAAAAUCACUGUUCUAAAAUGUUCCUUUAUUUUUAACAGAGUAUUGAUUAAUACAGCAGAUAUUUACUUCAACAUUUUAACAAAUGUUUUUAUUUAUUUCUAUCAAGAUUGUGGCCACCUUUGCCUUUUUUUUUUUUCAACUUUUGAACUUGUCUUAAUUUUUCUGUACGUUUCAAAAAGCCUUCCUUGUCAUUGUCAAAAAGAAUGGCUCCCAUUUUGGGAAAAUAGGACUCAAAGAGACACAAAUUACAUUUGUCUCAUCACAUUUCUUGUCUAAAAGCAUUUCAAAAGUCUAAAAAUUGUUUGUCCAAUUAAUUUGAGAUAAUCAAUGAAUAUCAUUUCAGUGUUUAUUUUACAUACGCAGUGUCCUUAUACAGCAAAUACUGUAUAUACUGUAUCAUUGUGCCUUAUUGAAGCGUGACACAAGGAGAAGCCGCCUGUCCUUGUUGAAGGAUGGGUGUGAUAAACUAAAUUCCCCUUUUUCUUUCCUGCAAAGAUUAAAUCUAUAUCAGUAUUUAAUAGUUUAUGUUUUGUUAUAAGAACAACUUUAACAUUUCAUAUCAUUUACCUAACUCUCAGGUAAGAAUUUGGCAGUAGGAUAAUGCUGAUGUCUUGGUUUAUUUUUGAAGGAUAAUAGUGACAUAACUGACUUUGCCAAAAAAAAAAAAAAAA